CUCGGGCCCGGGGACGAUGCAACGUGUACCUAAGCGCUGAUAUGCAUCAACAUCUUCAGAGGGUCGAACAGACGCAAUGCAUCUUUGGCCACCGCUCGCUAUGGUCUCCGGACUCGUGCACGGACCUCACGCCACGCUAAUGCACAGAUCCUCACCUCUUGACUCAUUUCAUCCGUCUGUACAGGUCCGACGGCAAGACGCGGACGAAGCGUCCUCGGCCAGUGUCUCAGUCCAAUCAUCUUGCAAAAGUGCGCAGUCCCUGCUCGUGGAAGCAGCGGAGGAGCAACAUGGCGGAUUCGCUCAGGCUCAAAGACGCGUGCGAGCUACUGCUACCUGCAUCGACUUCCUCGUCCACGUUGUCGAGCAACAAGGAAGAGGGCAUCACAGUCGACAAGGUUGUGGCCAGUCUCAAAGAGCGCUUCCUGAACGAUCAGACCUAUCUCGCUGUCCAUGAUCGCGUCUUGCUCUCGCUCAAUCCCUUCAAGAUUUCAUCAAACUCGGAUGAAUUGCAUGAUUAUGUGCAAGACUACUUUGCUCUUGCACGAGAUGAUCCCAUGCAGGCCUCGCCGACAUCGCCCGUCAUGUCUCGCUCGCUCAGCCUGUCGCCACAUGCUUGGCAAAUUGCUUCAAAGGCAUACUAUCACAUGCGCCGCACUCAAAUGGAUCAGUCCAUCGUCAUCAGUGGCAUCGUCGGCUCGGGCAAGACCGAGAAUCGUCGUUUGGUCCUGCGCAUGCUCCUUGAAAUGUCUUCAGCUCUGCCGGGGAAGAAAGGCUCGCGCCUAUCCUCGCAGAUCCCGGCAGCAGAAUUCAUCAUGGAGUCGCUGGGACACGCUGCCAUGCUCAACUCACCCAAUGCAUCGCGUUUCGGUCGCUAUGUCGAAUGCCAAUUCAAUCAAAAAGGACGCUUAGUCGGCUUCAAGGGUCUGGAGUACUAUCUCGAGAAAGCGCGUGUCAGCUCGCCGACUCAAGGCGAACGCAAUUUCCACAUUUUUCAUUAUCUCUUGGCCGGUGCAUCGCCUGCUGAACGUGUUUCGCUGCAGCUGGACCUCGCUGCGAAUGGCGGCAAGUCGAGCUUCAGAUACCUUGGAUCAGCCAUCACGAUAUCGUCCAACAUUAGCCUGGCGCAACAAGAGCAGAUGGACAGUCAUCGCUUUGCUCAGCUCAAAGAGGCCUUCAAGAUAGUUGGGCUAUCCAAUAAGGUGCUCCUGACCACUCUGGCCGUCCUUUCGGGCAUUCUCCACCUUGGCAAUCUCGAAUUCGGCACAGACAAGGCACGUCAGGCGGAUUCGGCUGUCAUCACGAAUAUGGCUUGUCUCGAAGCGGCCGCACAACUGCUGGGUGUCAAGGCAGACUCACUUGAAGCCGCUCUGACGGCCAAGACGGUGAUGAUCGGAAAGGAAAGAUGUACGUUUUUUCUCGAUCCCGAAGCCGCUCGUCAUCAUACCGAUCAGCUUGCUUCGAGUCUACAUGGCUUGCUCUUCAGCCAGAUCAACGAGCUCAUCAACCAGAAGCUCGCAACCGAAGAAUUCGACACUUUCCUGGCCGUUCUCGACUUUCCUGGUCCGCAGAACGCUGUCCAUCAUCGCGAAGGCAACGGACUGGACACGCUGGCUUUCAACCUCGCCAACGAGCGCAUCCACCAGUUCUCGCAGGCUAAUAUUUUCGACAAACAGAAAGACAUGUUCUCCACCGAAGGCAUCGAUGGCCUUCCAAGCCUGCAUACACCUGUCGCUCAGCCAAAUGACGAGUCUAUCAGAGUUCUCACGUAUCAUCCCGGCGGUCUGGUACACAUCAUUGAUGAUCAGACGCAGCGUCGUCACAAAGCCAAGACGGACAAGACCCUCCUCGAAGCACUCGGUAAGCGUUGGGGUCAGCACGCCAAUUUUGGCUACAACACGACUCAGUCGGGAGGAAGCUUCAUGUGCACACAUUGGCACGGCCAAGUAACGUACAACAUCGAAGGCUUUCUAGAUGCUAAUUCUGCCGAGUUGCCCAUCGACUUUGUACUGCUGUUCGCUGGCACAUCGCAAGAUAGUAAAUCGGGAGGCUCGACGAAUUCGCUCAUUCGACAUCUGUUCGCGACCGCUGUUGCAGCAACUGAAUCGAAAACGAUCGAUGCUAUCGUCCCACAGCAGCCAGUCAAGCCGCUGCGCAAACCUUCUGUUCGACGCUCGCUGCCACAACUCGCGGGGACGACCACUAGUGAUCGACCUGGUCAGCGCGAAAGUCUCGCUGAAAAGGACGUCUUCAAGCCAUCUGCUGACCUGGCGGGACGCUGCAUGCUCGGCGAAUUCAAUGCCUCUCUGAAUCUCCUCCUCGAAACACUCCAAGACACGCAAGUAUGGUUCAUACAAUGCUUGAGGCCCAAUGAGAGUCAGCAGAGCGACUCGGCCGACGCCAAGCUCAUUCGUAGUCAAAUUAGAAAUAUGGGAGUUGUCGAGAUCAUCAAACGACUCGAAUAUGACUGGUCGGUCAGCAUCGAACUCAGAGAAUGCUGGGAAAGAUACGCUGCGACAGAUCUGAUUGUACCGCUCGCUGACGAAACGGCGAAUCUCGUCUGGGCGGACAAGCUCAGAGCUGUGGCUACUCGCCACGACUGGAAUGAUCAGCAGAUGAAAGUCGGUCGCACAAAGGUUUUCCUGGACUUCGAUACAUUUCGCCAAUUUGAAGACAUGCUUCGCAGUCAGGACGAAGAAGAACACAGAUUUUACAAGGACAAGUAUGCAGCAUGGAACGCACUUGGCUCAUCUGAUGCCAUGCCGAUUCUGUCGAAUGAUCCUUAUGGUCCAAGUGCAAGCAUGGCGAGUCUCAGUCUGUCAACAUCGAAGCUCGAGCAGUACGAUCUGAGCUCGUCCAUGGCGCUCCCUUUGUUGCCUCGUCGCAUUACACAUGAAAAAGGUGGCAAGAACGCAUCAAGUUACGAUGGGCUCGACGAUGGCUACAAAUUUGCAUUCGGCGUGCGAGACGAAGAGGCCGGUCUCGGAUCAGCACCAGGGAGUACAUAUAGCCUGUCUCAGCUUGCCAAUGGACCAGAUAAGUCUGACGAAAAGGCGCUGCUCGAUUCGGCAGAGGCCGAUUUGGCUGCCGAAGAGCUUCGCGACACGUCUUCCCGUAGAAGAUGGAUGAUGAUCGUCUGGACGCUUACAUGGUGGUUGCCGAGUCCUCUUAUCAAGCUCUUCUCCAAGCGUCUUCGCCGUCGCGAUGUCCGCACAGCCUUUCGAGAGAAGAUUGCCAUCAACAUGCUCAUCUGGCUUCUCAUGGGCAUUGUCGUCUUUGUCGUCGCAAUCAUGGGCAAUAUCAUUUGCCCCACUGAACAUGUCUACUCUGGAUCCGAGCUCAAUUCUCACUCGUUCAUUUCCGCGGUCAACAACAUGCUGGUAGCGAUAAGAGGCGAAGUCUUCGAUCUGAGCAGCUUUGCGCCUCGUCACUACCCGAGCAUCGUACCUCUCUUGUCCGUGCAAAAGUACGGAGGCCUGGACGCAUCGAACAUUUUCCCAGUUCAGGUCAACGCGCUCUGUACAGGCUACAACGGGCCCAUCAGUCCAUUCGUCACACUCGACACGACCAACGUAUCUGACGUCAAUUCACAUUACCAUGACUUCAGAGCAGGCACAGAUCUUUAUCAACCUGACUGGUACUAUGAGCAGAUGAUCUACCUGCGCAGUAAUUACAGACGGGGCUUCAUGGGCUUCACGCCGGGAUCGGUCGCAAAAAUGGCUUCUACCGCUUCAACGGCAAACGUCGCGAUCUAUCGUGACUACGUCUAUGACUUCACGAACUAUGUGCUCAAUGGCGGCGGAGGUCUCAAGACCCCAAAUGGUACUGUGGCUCCGUCUGACACUGAUCGCCUCUUCAUGCUGCCCGACAUCGUGAGCCUGUUCCAGACCAACUCAGGACAGGAUAUCACAAACGCGCUGGAUGCCAUCAAUGUCGAUAGUGACGUAAUGGACGCGCAAAAGGUCUGCAUGCGCAAUCUCUUCUUUAUUGGCAAAGUCGACCAUCGCAGCUCGCCGCAGUGCCAAUUCUCGCGCUAUAUCCUUCUUGUCUUCUCGGUCAUCAUGGUGGCAAUCAUUGGUUUCAAGUUUUUGGCUGCUCUCCAAUUCGGUCGCUCUCGCGCUCCAGAAGAUCACGACAAGUUCGUUAUCAUGCAAGUACCUUGCUACACAGAAGGCGAGGACUCUUUGCGAGCUUGCUUCGAAUCGCUCGCUGCCACACGAUAUGAUGACAAGCGGAAGCUCAUAUUCGUCAUCUGUGAUGGCAUGAUUGUCGGCAGUGGUAACGAUCGACCUACUCCGCGCAUCGUGCUCGAUAUCCUUGGGAACUCGUGUAAGGUCGACACUGAAGCGCUCAGCUUCCAGUCGCUCGGCGAAGGCAACAAGCAGCAUAACAUGGGAAAGGUCUACUCGGGUCUGUACGAGCAUGCUGGCCACGUCGUGCCAUAUAUUGUUCUCGUCAAGGUCGGCAAACCCAAUGAACGAUCCCGUCCCGGAAACCGUGGCAAGCGUGAUUCUCAGAUGAUACUUAUGCGCUUUCUAAACCGCGUCCACUUCGAAGCGCCUAUGUCGCCUUGCGAGCUAGAGAUCUUCCAUCAGAUCAAGAAUGUGAUCGGAGUCAACCCUGGCUUCUACGAGUUCUUGCUGGCUAUCGACGCUGACACGACUGUCGAUAAGCUCUGCGUCAAUCGCUUUGUCUCGGCGAUGUUGCACGACAAGAAGGUUAUCGCCAUGUGCGGCGAGACAUCGUUGGCGAAUGCGAAAAAGUCGUUCGUCACGACCAUGCAAGUCUACGAAUACUUCAUCUCGCAUCACAUGGCAAAGGCAUUCGAGAGUCUCUUUGGUUCGGUCACAUGUCUUCCCGGCUGCUUCUCGAUGUAUCGCCUGCGAACAUUUGAGCACAAGCCCUUGUUCGUCAGCAACGAGCUCGUGAGCGCGUUUGGUGUCAAUCGCGUUGAUACUCUGCACACCAAGAACCUUCUUCACCUUGGCGAAGAUCGCUACUUGACUACGAUCAUACUUACGAGCUUUCCCAGCAUGAAGACAACGUUCUGCAAGGACGCUUUUGCAAAGACACUCGCGCCUGAAGAUUGGCCUGUCUUUCUCUCGCAGCGCCGUCGCUGGAUCAAUUCGACUAUUCACAAUCUUGCCGAACUGACGGCCGUCCAAGGCGGCCUUUGCGGCUUUUGUUGCUUCUCGAUGCGAUUCGUUGUCUUCAUCGAUCUCAUCUCGACGCUGAUUCAGCCGGUCUCCGUCGCUUACAUCGUCUACCUGAUCUAUCUCGUCGCGUCCAAAGGCAACACAGUGCCUACAACGGCUCUUAUCAUGCUUGCUGCCAUCUACGGUCUUCAAGCCGUUCUUCUUAUCUCAAAGCGCGCCUUCGAGAUGGUCGGCAUGAUGAUCGUUUACAUCAUCGCUAUUCCCGUCUUCUCGUUCAUCCUGCCCAUCAUGUCGUUCUGGUCGAUGGACGAUUUUUCGUGGGGCAACACCCGUAUCGUCAUGGGCGAAAAGGGCAAACGGCUGGUCGUGCACGACGAAGGUGUCUUCGACGCUGCCUCUAUUCCUCUCAAACGGUGGGAGGAGUACGAGCACGAGCUUUGGGACAGAGGCUCGGCAGAGUCUCGUGACAUGUACAAAGGCGAUGGCUACACUUCACGCGAAGCAUCGCUCUAUGGCGGCGCGAGUCAGUACGGUAUCCCGCGCUCGACGAGCAAUCUCACUGGCUUCGAUCACCAAUCGUUCUAUGGCGCACCUUCACUGCACAACGAACACAUCCGCCAAAUUUCGUUUGAUCAAGUCAGUCUCAAUAGCCAAGUCCGACGUCCUGGCGUGAUGUCAGGCUCGGUUGCGAGCGCUCUAGGCGCCAUGUCCUUCUCCGGCGGCGUUCCAAGCCAGUACCAAAUGGCAGACGACAUUCGUGAAUUGCUCGCUACUGCUGAUCUCCAGACCAUUACCAAACGCGGUAUAAGGAAGGAGCUGGAAGCCAGAUACGAAGCUGAUCUGGAAGAACACAAGGCCUUUAUCAAUCUCGAAAUUGAACGCGCACUCGGCUACUAGACUACACAGAGAUGUUGCAUACAGCAGAGGGCACAUUGCAUGGCAGUCGUCUGAUCUGAUCGUACAAUGAACACGCGGAUGUACAUGGACACAGGGAGCAUCUAGAUCUAUCUCUGCCUCUGGAAAUGGCUUCGACAGCGUGUAGCUGGGCGGGUCUUUGCGGGAUUAAUGGGGUUGCGUCUGACCUUGCGGCGACAUGGGUAUGGUGUGAGAUUGUCCGACGACAUCAAGAGACCAUCUUGACUUCUGGCGUCGAUUGCUGGAUGAGCUGGGCCGUAUUGCGGUCUUUGAGUCCGGACCGCAGCGUGGCCAAGUUUGGACAUUGGCUGACGAGAGUGGG